CAGAGCACUCCAUGUUCUCCUGGCUUUCCUCUUGGCUCCCUGUGAGCCUUCCCAAGCUGUGGCUAUGGGCAGCUUCCCUCGCCCUGACCGUGGGCCUGAUCCAACUGACCCGGCUCCUGACCAGGAGGCAGAGGCUUCUCCAAGCCCUAAAGAGCUUCCCUGGGCCACCCACCCAUUGGCUCUUUGGGCAUGCUAAGGAGAUCAAGAAAGAAGGAGGAUUGGACAAGGUUCUGUCAUGGACCAAAAUUUACCCCUGUGCUCACCAGCUGUGGAUGGGGAAUUUUAUCGGUUUCCUGAACAUCUAUGACCCUGACUACACCAAGGCUGUGUACAGUCGAGGAGAUCCCAAGGCCCUCGACGUAUAUGGUUUUUUCUUACCAUGGAUUGGGAAGGGGCUACUGGUCUUGGAUGGGCCCAAGUGGUUUCAGCACCGGAAAUUGCUCACCCCUGCCUUUCACUCAGAGGUCCUGAAGCCAUAUGUGGACCUGUUUGUGGAGUCUACCAAAGUCAUGCUGGACAAAUGGGGCAAGAAGAUUCAGACAGACAAGUGUGUGAAUAUCUUCCCAGAUGUGGGCCACAUGGCUCUGGACACUCUGAUUAAAUGUAUCUUUGGAAGGAGCAGUGGGAGCCAGACAGAGAGUGACAUCAAAUACUUUCAAGCCAUUGGGGAACUCACCUUGUUGAUGCAACAGCGAAUGGCAACCUUCCAGUAUCACAAUGACUUCUUCUACUAUUGGUUCACGUUUCAUGGUCGAAAGUUCCUUCAGGCUUGCAAGGUUGCUCAUGAUCACACUGACCAGGUGAUCAGGGCCAGAAGGGCCCUCCUGAAGGAAGAGGAAGAACAAGAGAAGAUCCAGGGAAAGAAACGCCUGGAUUUCCUAGACAUUCUUCUUGGGGCUGGAGAUGAGAGCAAGACUAAGUUGUCAGAUGCAGACCUACGAGCUGAGGUGGACACAUUCAUGUUUGAGGGUCACGACACCACCACUAGUGGCAUCUCCUGGUUCCUGUACUGCAUGUCCCUUCACCCAGAGCACCAGCAACGAUGCCGGGAGGAGGUCCAACAAAUCUUGGGAAAUCGUGAUACCCUCCAGUGUGAAGACCUGGGAAAAAUGACUUACCUUACCAUGUGUAUCAAGGAGAGUUUCCGCCUCUAUCCUCCGGUGCCCCAGGUAUACCGCCAGCUCAGCAAGCCUGUAACCUUCAUGGAUGGGAAGUCACUACCUGAAGGCAGCCUGAUCUCUCUCCACAUCUAUGCACUACACAGGAACCCAAGCGUGUGGGACAAGCCUGAGGUAUUUGACCCCCAGCGCUUCUCUCUAGAGAAUUCCUCGACUCGUCACCCCUAUGCAUUCAUGCCCUUCUCGGCUGGGCCCAGGAACUGUAUCGGGCAACAGUUUGCCAUGAUGGAGAUGAAGGCGGUCACAGCACUCUGUCUCCUUCACUUUGAGUUUUCUCCAGAGCCUUCGAGGCCACCCAUCAAACGCCUUCAGCUUGUCCUGGGCUCUAAGAAUGGCAUCUACCUUAACCUGAAGAAGCUGACCUAGGAAGGAGCAGAGCCUGGAGCUCUGUCUUGUGCACUGGCUGGGGAUGGGGUAGGGACAGGGCUGGGGGUGCUGAAGUUCGUUUGCAGAUGCACAUUGAAUGUGACCCUUAUGGGAGCUUACAAUCCAAAACAGGAAGGGAGAUAGACACAGGUCUUAGGGUAUUGGUUUUUCUUUUUACUUGGACACACACAUAUAGCUAUAUAUGCAAGAAAUACCUUCUAAUGAUAUAGAAACACGUAUCGUACCAUUUUGUACCAGUUUUCAAGAACUCUUUGAGGUUUGUAGUUCAAGCUCUUCAUAUUACAGGGGAGGAAACUGAGGCUGUGAGAUACUCAACCUUCUUUCAAAGCCUGGUACAGGUGCCAUCUCCCAGAGAAAGCCUGUUCUGAUCUCCCUAAAUGUUAGCACUUAACCUCUCUAAUGUAUAUUGUCUGAUUUUUGAAUACACUCAGGAGUUACUUAUGGACGUUUUGUAUCCCCCAGUACACUGAAACCUUUCAGAGGACAGGGCCUGAUUCAGUUUUGUCUUUGUACUUCCAGUACUUAGCACAGUGCCUGGCACAGAGAAGAACCCGAUCAAUGUUUCCAAAGUAAAUUGGCUAGAGAACAGUAUGGACAAAGGCAGAGAGGCUGGAGAGCACUGGGUGUCUGCAGGUGCAAGGAGCUCAGUUUGGCUGGAGCUUGGACAGCAUGGUCUGUCCACAUGAGGGGUGGUCUUGGGAUGAGGAAUAAUAGUAAUAAAAAGAGCUAAAUUUAUAUAUCA